GUCCAUCUUGACUUGCAUACGAUUGCACCUGGCCACCCACCCUGAGUGAGACUUGGCCAUGGAAAUCGAACUGGAGGACCGGUCAAAGCUUAUAGUCGAGAAAGGUCUAACGGCCGUGUUUGGAAGAGGAAAUGGGUUCAACACCACCGACCAAACAGUGUCUCGCCGCCACGUUUUGUUUGAAAACACCACCCAAACAGAGCCCAGAAUCUCAUUCGAGGUUCUGGGGAGGAACCCCAUCUGGGUCCGGACCCAGAAAGAUGGGGAAGUCAGGGUUUUCAGAAGGUCGGAGAAGGGCGACCUGGCGGCCGGUGAUCGGCUCUGUGUGUCUGGGAAGGAACCCGUUUGGUUUUUAGUGAGAAAUGUCGGGGUUGAAGAUGAAUCCAAGAGGGUUUUGGAGAGUGAGAGUGAACUGGCUGAGGGUUUGGUAAAUGGGUUUGAUUGGGAAGGUGUUGAUAUUUCAGGCAUUGACCCUGUUAAAGAGUUUGGCUUUGUUGUAAUUGGGCAUGAGUUUGAUCAGUAUCCCAAGCAAAUGAUUCGCGAUGUAAAGAACUGGCACUGGUUUCUUGAGGAACCAAGAAAUGAAAGCGACGAUGAUGUAUACGAGGGGAAGGAAAGGAUUGGUGGGAGGAGAAAGAGGAAAAAAGGCGUAGAAGAUGAUAAUAAAGAAUGGACAGGAGAUAGUGAAGCUGACGAAGAGCUUGUUGCAAAACUUAGGAAGGUAAAUAAGCCAAAAUAUUCUACAAGAUCGAAGACCCAUAUUCCAUCUCAGAAGAAAACAAAAGGUGGCCAAAGUUCUAAUAAGAAGACUGCUGCUGUGGAUGACAAGGGCAUAAAAGAUGAAGAUGAAGACGAUGAAACACUUGGAGGCUUCAUUGUUGGCGAGGAUGACUUGGAAGAAGAAGAAGACGAAGACCCUGAAGGAACUGAUGAAUUUGAAGAAGAGGAGGAGUUUGUUGAAGAAGAUGAUGAUGAAUGAAUGAAGUAGAUGAUUGAUGCAUGUAGCAAAACAGUAUAAACACUGCAUAGGAUAGGGAGCUGGUGAACCUUUUUGUGGUGAACAUAUACAUAUCGGGUUCUUGAACUUUUAACAUCGCGUAAUUAGUAGCUGUGUCCAUUGUAGUGCAGAAAAUCUGCUUUUGCUUUGUAUGUGUAAAAAUAUGAAAUAUAGCAUCGUAUACAUUGUGUUUUCUAACAGUCACUUCUAUGA